GCUCUUGGAUGGUGGUGGGUGAGUGGAAAUGCGGUAUUUUUUUUUUAUAAUAUUAAAGAGCGGUUCCGUGUCUCCGUAGUUCGCUUCCGGUUCUUCUCCCUAUCUCGCCUUCCGCUUUCUUUGGUGGCGUGACAUCAAAACCCCAAAUUGCGUGCCUCCCGCAAACCCUAGGCAAAGCGUCGGAUUAAAAGGGAUUGCCUCUCGGAUUCGUUCCCGUAGGAGACAGGAACUUGGAAUCGCGGGUGGAUACCGAUCGGAAGUCUUAAGGUUAGGUCAGAUGAGAUGCUUCCGAAGAUCUUCAAUGUCUCCUUAUCGUGGAAGGAUGGAAUAUAGGAAGUGAGGUGAGGUGGUUGGUUUGACUUGGCCUUUGUAUCUUCCUAUCCUAUGGUUAGAUCAUCAGAUAAGUUUCUUUUCUCAUCUUAGGCUUCUCUAAAAUUUAUGUAGUCACGGUUUUCCAUUUUAAACUGCUUUACAAUAGGUUGAAUUUUUCUUGGGCAUAAAAUCUUUAGCAGCUAUUUGGGACCUUUUGCUGUUGCUUCACCUAUUAACUUCCAAAAGAUUCUAGUUUUAGAUUUUUCCAGCCUUAUAUUCUUUUCUUUUUCUCUGUGGAAAAGUCAGACGAGCAAUUUGUUUCAGGAGGGGUCAUAUAGACAAUAAUCAUUCAUAGGUUACCUCUGUGAAAGGGUAGCUAAUUUUGAUGGCAUUUUUUUGACAGUUUUCAACUGAAUCUAAAUGGUGUUGCAGGCAUGUAUUGGCCAUAUUGUGCCAUAUAGACAAGGACUUGAGAUCUUGAGUUUUCCAUCAAAAUCAUUGUGUGAGCAGCUGCAGUUUCGAGGCUUUAUGUUGUAGGCCUCACAUGUGGAUGUGUCAAAUAAGUUCAUCAUAUCAAUCUAGUCUGUAUUGAGCGAAAUAUAGCAACAGUACAAUGAUGCUCCUUGAAACAGACGUUAUGUUUCCUUGGAGUUGUCUAUUGCCAUUUCCACAGCAAAGCAUCAAUUUGGCAUCAUUCUGGAUCCUUAGACUUAGCUUCUCUGAGUUUAGUGCAGAGUGUUUGGUGUUCAUGCCAAAGAGCAUUGAUGACUUGACCCAGGGAUAACCUAGUAAGUUGUGGCGAUGCCUGUAAUGGAGAUGCGGAGAUAGUCAUGACUGUUUUAAGAUUCCUUAACAAUUUAUUCGAAGCUGGGAUGACUGUUUUACUGAAAGCUUAUUUCACAAUUUUGGGCCAGACAAGUUGUCUUCCCGUCAUUCCUUCUGCCUUCAGACUGCUAUACCUUUGCUGAAACCGAGGGUGAUCUAAAGUUGUGAAUUCUUUUGGUGACUGAAUAUUCUGUGAUUCUUGCUAGCAUAGUAUUUAGGAUGAGCACUCAGAUGGUGGCUGGAUUUCUGAAGACUUUAUCGCUUUGUAGCGAUGUGGUAGCUCUGAUGCAUGCCAACUAGCUUUGGUUGGUUUUGCAUAGAGAGCUGGUUGGGCUGUUCUCUGGAAGUUCUGCAUGCAGUUUGGAGUAAAUUUACGUUCAUCUGAUAUUCUUGGCAGAGGUAUCCACCGACACUUUUGAUUUGUCCAUCUUAAUGAUCAUUCACUGGUCCGUGCAAAUGAUAGAAAGAUACCAUGUGGAGGGGAAAGGAGUGGAAGGUUCUAUUCUCAGAUACCAUGUGCUUUUGAUGUCUGAGUACCAUGAAUGGGUUACUGCUAUGAUGACUAAUCUCAAUGAUGAACAGGCUUUUCUUCUUACAGAUGUCACAACUAUGCGACAUAACAUUUAGCAGCAGAUGUGCAAAGGACAUAAUAAUCACUUAUCACCAGUAUAAUAGCAUCGAACCUUUUAGUACAGAAUCAGUUUUUUCUGCCUUCCCUGGCUGCUGCCUCUUUGUAAAGGGCUGCUAAUCCUUUUGGCACAUAGGUUGGAUAAGGUUAUGUGACUCCAUAAGCUGUUCUGAUCCAAGGCAAUGUCCUCUAUGGGGCAUAGACACUUGAUUAACCAAUCUCAAAUGUCUGAAAUGGAUCAUGACCGAAUCUGGAAUCAUCCGCACCCUGACUCUCACAUGAACUUGGAAAAUGGUUCUUUAGUACAUCCUUCAGAGAAUGCAGCAGUCAAUGGGGUGAACCCAAUGGCUUAUUUUAACAUCACUCUGAGAUCAAAUGACCCUCCAUUGCCUACUUCAGAGAUUCCAAAUUACAUGGCAGUUGGAGCCUCACAUGAUCCCUAUCUGCAUACUCCAGCUGCUGCCAGCUCUAGUCGGCUUCCACCAAGUUAUGUCCAACAUGGACCUCCUUUCUACAAUCAACAUGCAAUUGGGGAUGUGGGCAGCACGAUUAAUCCUCAAAUGGACUAUGGAAGAGCAUCAUACAAAAGAAAAAUCCCGGCACUCUCAAUAGUUUCUGACAGAGGGAACACCAGCGGAUAUUAUAGUGCUGGUAGUUCUUCCAAUCUUCCCAUUUUGAAUGAGCAAUUACAGCCAAAACCUUUAUCAGGUCCUCAUUGCUGGCCUUGGGAGCCCAGUAGCACAGUCCCUAGUUAUGGAAGCAGCAAUCUUUUGACUUUUGGAGAAGGACCCAGGAGGAAUGUCAGGAGCCGACAUAAUCAUGCUCUUCAGUUAGAAACUGUCCCAGUUGGGGUUCAUGCAUCUAACAACUUGCCUCAACAUUUUCAUUCAACAGCCAAUACUGCUGGUUUGAGUGCGGUAGGACAAUGGAGCCAAAGUUCUGUAUCUAUGGAACCCCCAAGAAUGGUUCUCUCUUCAGAAGUUAGCUCCUUCAAUCACGAGAUGAAUCAGUCCCUUGUGGGAAGCACCGUCACUGACAACAAUAUGGAGAUUGAUGGUGGGUACCACACCAAUCCGAUUGCAAAUAGAAGUUCGAGUACCAUGCCAAGUCUCCAGGGUCCUCCAACACGAGGCCCAGGGCUGGCCCAUUGUAGCUACGGUCAAAGAACUUACAGGGCCAUUCCAAGCUACCCAACCGUGGGUUUCGCAGCCACUUUGGAAGAUGAUAGGCGACCCGGAGCGGAAACCAUGGUGGCUCCUAGACAUCCAAGGCCACCAUCUAUUAUAGGGCGUAAUAAUGAGAGGAAUGGAAGGGCUAGGAAUUUCUAUGAUAGAUUCCAGUCAUUAUCAGAUGAGGACAAUACCCGCAAUAGAUGGAUCUCUGAGGGUGUAGCUAUAAUGGACCGGUCAACCUUCUAUGAUUCCAGGAAUUACUUUGAUCAGCACCGCGACUUGAGACUGGACAUUGACAACAUGAGCUAUGAGGAGCUGCUUGCACUGGGAGAAAGAAUUGGAAAUGUCAGCACAGGCUUGUCUGAAGAUGCCAUCUCAAGAUACUUGAUGGAGACAAUAUACUGUUCUUCAGAACAGAACCAGGAUGACGAGGAAGAAUUGAAGUGUGCAAUUUGCCUGGAAGAAUACAGGGACAGGGAAAGUAUUGGAAGACUAACAUGCGGACAUGAUUUCCAUGCCAGCUGCAUAAAGCGAUGGUUGCUGAUAAAGAAUGUCUGCCCGAUCUGCAAAGCCUCAGCCUUGCAAGAUAAUAUGAAGGAGAAAUAAAUUGUUUCUCCAUAAUUAUGAUGCUUUAGAUGGAUACAGUCAAUCUCCUCAUUUGUACAUACUCUCCCCAGUGGUGGACAUGACACGUUUACACAUUUGAAACAAGCAUUUCUUCAGUGUUAAUAUUGUUGCAGGCGUUUCAGAUUUUGUUCU